GUACCCCAGCCCUCUUCACCGCUUGGUCCUGUCAAUCAGAGCUCAUAACAAGAUGGCAGACAAAAGGAACUGGGGGUUCUGCUUGACAGUAUGUUUGGCAAGCUUCUUGGUGGCCAACGCAGACAUAAAGGUUUCUGCCCCCGUGGGACAGCUAUUUGUGUUCGAGCUGCAGAGAGAGACUUUCCAGAAUGAAUUUGAACCUUUCCUGAAACACUAUGCAGGCAGAGUCUACAAUGAUCCUAUGGUGUUUAAAUGCAACAAACAGUCCUUCCCUGACCUGCCUGAGUGGCUGCGUUUUACCCAGAGGCACCCCUAUGACAAUGGUUUCUUGUACGGUACACCUAUGAGCGCGGGCAAGAGCAUCAUCGAGGUUACAGUCAUCAACAAACGCAGCUAUGACACGUUCAGAGAAAGGCUGAUCAUAAACAUUGGCCCUCGGGCGAACAAGAUGCCUUUCCAAGCUGAAUUCUUCAUCAAACUGAGGGAGAUUGAGAAGGUGCUGCCCUCUACAGUUCAGGCUGCGAUCAAGCAGGAUGUCAUGAGGAUGUGGGAGACCGACAGGCUGGAGUUUGUCAACAUCACCUCUGCUCUGGACCGUGGCGGCAGAGUCCCUCUGCCCUUGGCUGGACACUAUGAGGGUGUGUAUGUGAAGAUGGGGUCAGACCAGUACUACUCCAAGUGCCUGCUGAAGCUCCAGAGCCCGGACCACCAGAGGCAGUGUGAGGCAGGAGGCCGGAGAGAGACCGGAGACUGUGCCAUCUGUACCAUCCCCAGCAACUGUAUCACCUGGUGCAAGUCAAUCCUGAUUGAUUUGUCCAGGCCCGUGGCUGCACCUCCGGCCCCCUCCAUGGGCUCCGGGGUUCUGGAGGCUGGGGGCCAGUACGACCCCCUGGACUCUCCCCCUACCAGGGACUACUUCCUGGACUACAUAGUGACGGUGUUGGUGCCUCUGGUCUUGGCCAUACUGCUGUGUCUUCUCCUGGCCUACAUCAUGUGCUGCAGGCGUGAGGGCGUGGAGAAAAGGGACGCAAGGACACCAGAGAUACAGCUGUACCACCACCACACCAUCCACGGCAACAGCAGCGAGCUGAGGAGCAUGGCUGGGGCUCGUGGCGUCCCCCCUCCCCUGUCCUCCCUGCCCAUGUUCAACUUCCGCACUGGGGAACGCCCCCCUCCUCUCCAGUCCGACAGCCCCAGCAUUCCUCUCAUCAUGGCCCAGCAUGAACCCAACAUUGACUCACUGCCCAGGAAAUGACACAAUGGCACAAUAAGGAAAUGAAGUCACAAUAAUACAAUGGGACUUGAGUUUGCUGAGUUUGCUGUGGUCUUUUCACAUAAUACCUGUGAGGCUAAAUAUUUCAGAGUGAUUCUAUUUGGAAUAAUUUAUUACAGAAUAUUUAUCAUUUGUAACCUCUUGUUGUGAAUAUUUUGUCUCUGUCUAUGGCUUCGAAUGCACACUGCACUCCAAUAAAUAGUUGUUGUUUUUCCAUUCGAUUAUUUUGCAAUUUUACAGAAAUACUUCUUGUCCAUAGCAACAAUCUAAGACAGUCAGCCUUCCAUCCAAAAAGGCUUUAUUUGGCCAUACUCCGAUCAUUUCAACUCGCCCAGUUAUUGUUUCACCAACACAUUUUAAACAAAUUUAACACUAUCCUGGUGUUAUGAAUAUGUUAUACAACUGUGACAUGUUGCCAACAAAACCAUUUUACAUUUUUAAAUGUAUGUAAUUAUACACCCACUCACAAGAAUAUAAACUAGCUGAAAUAACCAUGUUGGCUUUGUGCACAACUCUAAUCCUCUGUACAAAACUCUGAGAACUUGACAACAAAUCUGUAAGGACAAUUAUGCUGUACCUUGCAUUGUGGAUGGGCAUGGUGUGCAGGUUACACACACAAAAUGCCCUUAAACAUCCUUUAGCUUCCACAGUAGUGUGGGUUUUCUCUCCGCAUGCCUGUGCCACAUAACCUCUAAGACUGGAAGACAGCCUGAGGUGAAGUGGUUACUGGAGGAUGUGGGUCUCGCAGUGUCUAGUUCAUCCACCAGGGGGCGUCAGUGUUUCCUUUGUUACUCCAAAUAUGGUACAAAUAACGAUGGAAACUCAAUAUCAAAUGUAAACGUUGAUGAAAAAGAUUUGGGGAAAAUACUGUUGUUUUUCAUAAUGUAAACUUGCGCAUGUCAAAUAUGUUUUGGUACACGUAGACUUAAAAAGUUAAAUAAGAGAGUCUCUACUGUAGAGUAAGUAUGAAGCCCAUGAUCAUCUUGUCGGCUCAAAAAGGAGUCAAUUUGCUUUAUUAUGGGCCUUUAUUGUAUCAGCUGUCAGAUUGACAGAUAUAUAUAUAAAAACCGGUUUAAUAAUUUGGGCCAUGCAAAAAGUCUGGCAUCCAGUAACUUUGGAUGAUUAGGCCAUCAUGUGGGAGGUCAAGGGAAGUGACCGUUUCAAACAUUGAGUAGACCACUUCACAUGCUUUAUUUCAGCAUCCAAAAUAAUUAAAAACAUCUUGAUUUAUUAUACAUGUACAAAAUAAGUACAGAUUCUCUUGUUUAAACCAUGAAAGUGUGUCAAUUUCAGUUUUUUACUCUUUUCUUUUUCUAGAAACCCUUCUCUUAAAAGCAUUUCAACAAAAAAAACUAAAACCAUAAGUGGGAGGUGGGUGCUGUUUAGUGAAGAGAGGUUAUCCACAGGAAUAAACAGACGAGUCAACAGUGAAAUGAAACCAUACCAGAAACAAAUCCACUUGCUUAAUCUACAUCAGACAUGAUUUGCAUGCAUUAUAUCUACAGUAUUCAUCUUUCAUAGGAACUCAACACUUAAAGAAGAAAACUAUUGCACUGCAUUGACAACAAGACAAUAAAUCAACUAGCACCAAAGAUCCUGCCGGCAUUAGUGGCAAUAAACCGACAAGGAAAACCUAAAAAAAAA